AUGUCAAAUGAAAACAAUAAAACCAUAGUAACUCAUUUCAACAUUUUGGGCUUUCCUAGUCUGAAGAACCUUCAGUGUCUCCUCUUCUUCAUUGGCUUGCUCAUUUAUGUCUUGACUUUGAGUGGACACCUCAUCAUUAUCAGCAUAGUAUACAUUGACCGACAUCUCCAUACCCCCAUGUAUUUUUUCCUCAGCAGCUUCUCCUUCUUAGAAAUAUGGUACACAUCCAAUAUUAUCCCCCAAAUGCUAGAAGUAUUCCUAAUAGAAAACAAAUACAUCACAUAUGCUAGCUGUAUUGCCCAACUCUACUUUUUCAUUUCAUUUGGCACAGCUGAAUGUUUUAUUUUGGCAAUCAUGGCAUUUGAUCGCUAUUUAGCCAUAUGUAAUCCUCUACGGUAUCAAAAUCUCAUGAAUAACAAACUUUGUCAUCAAUUGGCUGCGUGUUCUUGGAUCGGUGCCUUCUUAAUUAAUAUUCCUCCAUUGGUGGCUCUCUGUAGGCUGUCAUUUUGUGGACCAAAUGAGAUCAACCAUUUCUUCUGUGAUGCUUCACCUUUACUGAAACUAUCUUGUGUAAAUCCAGAUGAAGCUGAAUUGUGCAACUUCAUUGUGGCUACUAGUGUCAUUGUUAGUUCAUUUUCCCUAAUUUUGGUCUCUUACAUCCUCAUAAUUGUCAGUGUGCUGAAAAUCCCCUCCACUACAGGCCGGCAAAAGGCUUUUUCUACUUGUGGCUCUCAUCUGGCUGUUGUUACUAUUUUUUAUGGCACACUGAUGUUCAUGUAUGUCCGUCCAACCUCAAAAACAUCCAACAGUUCAGUGAUCUUUAACAAGAUAGUAUCUGUGUUUUACACAGUGGUCACUCCCAUGCUAAAUCCUAUUAUUUACUGCCUGAGAAACAAAGAAGUCAAAGAUGCCUUAAAGAGAGCUAUUAAUAGGAAACAUGGACUUACAAUGAAACCAAGCUGUAUUAGAAAAGGAUUAAUUAAUUAA